AUGGACACAACUACCCCCACCACCACCACCACACCCACCACAACCACUACAGACACCCCACAAACACCCACCGAGCGCCUCGUCGCCCUCCGCGCCCACGCCCGCGACCACCAGCACGCCUUCUUCAGCGCAAACUCCGAGCGGGCCCAGCGCCUCUCGGUGCUCAUCUCGGACGCCGAGCAGCACAACGACAAGAUCGAUGCGCUGGGCGCCCAGCAGAAGGGCUUCUGGGACACGCCGCUGUAUCUGCGCAUGGUGGCGGUGGUGCUGAACUCCCAGCGCGAGGUGCAGGCGUACCAUGACGAGAGCAUGAGGCUGGAGGAGGACUACCAUCGCGUGGUGGAGGAGAUGAAGCAGCAGGAGAGGGUGCUGAUGAUGAGGGAGGGGCAGGCGGAGAGACAGCGGGAGGCAGAGGAGAAUGAAGAGUGGGAUGACGAGCAGGGAGGAGAGGAGGAGGAUUUGUGA